AUGGAGCUGCUGGCGCUCUCCUCGCAUCCCGAGAGCGAGGUGUGCAACUGCUGGCGACAGUUUCGCGCCACGGACUUCCGGUUCCGGCGGUCGUCCUCGCUUUCGCUGCCGCCGACGCUGGCCGAGCUCUACCAGGGUACUGAGCCGGCCUGCUGCUACCGCAUCAACGACACCGAUAGGUUCGCUCAGAUGAAAAGGAGCGUGUGGGAAUCCAUGAAGAUACCCGUCCACUGGCAUACGCCUGACGUUCCGGAGCUGGUGCUGCUAAACUUUCCCAGCCCCAAAGCACCGAAACCCGAAAACCUCCACCUGAUUGUCAUGGUGCACGGACUGUACGGUUGCUCAACGGAUAUGCGUCUUCUUCGCGUGUUCCUCGAACUGGCCCAGCCUCGCUCAAACAUUCGCUUCCUUAUGUCCAGGGCGAACGAGCGAGAGGAAACGUUCAAGGACUUCGACACGCUCGGCGCACGACUGGCGAAAGAGAUCGUGGAGCACAUAAAGAAGUACUCCAAGAAACCGGCCAGGAUCAGCUUCAUCGGCUUCUCGAUGGGCAACGUUAUUAUACGCUCGGCGCUGGCCAAGGCCGAGCUGAAGCCCCUGCACCGCUUUCUGCACACCUUCCUGUCACUGUGCGGGCCGCAUGUGGGAACCGUCUUCAACACCUCCUUCGUCGUCAACAUGGGCAUGUGGUAUCUCCAGCGAUUCGAAAACACCGCGUCCCUGAAGCAGAUGAUGCUUGCUGACAACCAAGACGUCCGUAAGACCUACCUCUACCGUCUAAGCAAGGACAAAGGCCUGGCUCAUUUCAAGAACAUCCUGCUGGUUGGUUCAGCGGACGACUACAUCGUCCCGAUCCACUCGGCGCACAUCAAGUUGGCCAAGCACAUCGUCAGGGACACCACAGCCCUAGGCGCUGCCUACAGGGAAAUGCUGCGCAACAUCCUCAAGCCGCUCAUCGACAAGCCGGACCUAAACCUGGUUCGGCUGGAGGUGCACGUGCCGUUCCGAAGCUCGCUCAUCUCCUCCAACGUGCACAUCGCUCCGCUGGACAGCGAGAUACUGGCCCAGAAGAUCGUUCUCGUCGCGUGCGCCAGGCAUCUCCUCUGA